AUGGAGACAGAAAGUUGUUUGUCUUUCUGUUCCCAGGCAAGCAGAACAACUCCAGAAUCGUCCCCGGGACUCGAGCACAGUUCGAGCUCCUUCCUUCCCUGUGAUGAGCUUCAGAAGACGUCCCACGCUCCUCAUCCGCAUCGUCUCAGCCUGCGCGCGGAUUUUUACAGUUCCUCCAUGGGGAGGUUUAGCGACGCGCCCGCGGACUUUACGCACGGCGCCGCCGCGGCAAACCCUCACCGCGCGUCGCCUUCCAAACACAGCAACAAGUUCUCGGACAGCAUAAAUCCAGACCGAAAGGGGAUAGCGAUUAGUGGGAAGACGGCGUUCUAUGAGAUCAACUCCGAAGAAAAGACCUCCCCCAAAACCAUGGGCUAUGCCGGGAUCGGCUCAGACUACUGUGCCAAACUGAAGGAGUCAACCGGCGCCAUGCAGGGGGACUCUAUCGCCGACUCCAUUGACCUAUCCGGCAAAAACAAGAAGCGACGCAACCGCACCACCUUCAGCACCUUCCAGCUGGAGGAGCUGGAGAAGGUGUUCCAGAAGACCCACUACCCAGAUGUGUACGCCCGGGAACAGCUGGCCCUGAGGACCGAGCUCACCGAGGCCAGAGUGCAGGUGUGGUUCCAGAACCGCAGGGCCAAGUGGAGGAAACGAGAGCGCUACGGAAAGAUCCAGGAGGUGCGCAACCACUUUACUGCUUCAUACGAUAUCUCUCUGCUCCCCCGCCAUGACACAUACCAGAUGCAGAGCAACCUAUGGCCAGGCGUCCCGUCCACAGGGGGCGGGGUCCCAAACGGGGGGUGCGUCCUGGGCGCCGAGUCCAUGGCCUCGUCCUGCAUGAGCCCCUACUCCCAUCCCCAUGGCAACCUGCCCGGCUUCAUGGGCAUGCCGGCGUCUCCCGGCCACCCCCACACACACCACCCCCACCACCACCACCACCACCCCCACCACCACCACCACCCCCCACACCACCCGGGCAUCAACGGCCUCUACUCGCUCCACAGCUUCCCCGGGGGCCUGGGCCCCCCUGGCUUUGAGCCAGGCCCCGAGAUGGAGUACAAGCCCACUGGCCUGGUGGCCCUGCGCAUGAAGGCCAAGGAGCCAGGUAGCCUGAUCUCCUGGCCCACAUGA